GUACACGGAAGCAGCUGAAUGUGAACGAAAAAGCGAUUCAGAAAACUGGAUCUGAACACCGGACUAGUAAAGGGACAGAAGGAUCUAUCUCAUCAUCACCAAUAGCAAUAGCAAAGGGGUGGUGGUGGAUAGAGGGGGGUGAAGAAAGAGGAACGAACAAUGAAUGAGGCUACGAAACAGGGGAAUGUGGCUUCAGAUGGGAUUCGGGGACCGGGGGAGUUGCAAAUGGCCCCCUCUAUUAACCAUAGCCAGCAUGACAACGGAGCUAGCGACGAGCUAGUAAGCUCAGUGACGCUUUACCGGCGCAGGCCCCGGGUAUUACAUGGGACGGUUCUCCCCUUUAUGGGGUUGUUGUACCCGGGCUGGCUGUAUGUCUGGCUGGGAGUGUAUGGUGCCUCAGAGUAUCCAGAGGCAGGCCUUCUGGCUCUCGCCGCCAUCGGGAUCGCGCACGUUCUGACAGCACUGUCCGGUUAUUGGUCUGUGCACGCACACUGUUUGCUCACCUGCUCUAAGGAGCCAGAUCCACACAAGGCUACUCUGGCAAAAGUGAUUCCCACCCCCAACAACGGUUCAGCGGAGCUAGUGGCACUCCAGUGGGACAAGGAUGAUAAUGGCGAGGAAAUCCUGUCCUUUGAGUUCCAGAAGAUCCGGUAUACCUAUGACAGGAAGGAAAAGAAAUGCUUCCUUCCUGUGACGUUUCCUAUCAGUCAGCCAAUGGGCUUUUUCCAGUCCUGGCGUGGUUACCAGGAGGAGACGGACCUGCGGGCUGCAGAAAAACGCUACGGCACCAACCGUGCUGAGAUGGUGGUGCCAGACUUCCUGGAGCUCUUCAAGGAGAGGGCCACUGCUCCCUUCUUUGUAUUCCAGGUGUUCUGUGUGGGACUGUGGUGUCUGGAUGAGUACUGGUACUACAGUGUCUUCACACUCUUCAUGCUGGUAGCGUUCGAAGCUUCUCUUGUCCAGCAACAAAUGAGGAACAUGUCUGAGAUCCGCCGCAUGGGAAACAAACCCUACAUGAUCCAGGUUUACCGAAACAGGAAGUGGAGGCCUGUGUCCAGUGAUGAACUUGUCCCUGGGGACAUUGUCUCAAUAGGACGCUCCCCACAGGAUAACUUGGUACCAUGUGAUGUGCUGCUACUGAGGGGCCGCUGCAUAGUGGACGAGGCCAUGCUCACCGGAGAGUCUGUUCCCCAGAUGAAGGAGCCUGUGGAGGACUUGGAUGCAGGGAGGAUCCUGGAUUUGCAGGGAGAUUCCCGUCUUCAUAUCAUCUCCGGUGGGACCAAGGUUGUCCAACACAGCCCCCCUCUCAAAGCCAGUGCUGGAUUAAAACCUGUGGACAAUGGCUGUGUAGCCUACGUGUUGAGAACUGGGUUCUACACCUCUCAGGGUAAACUGCUGAGGACCAUCCUCUUCGGAGUGAAGAGAGUGACGGCCAAUAAUCUGGAGACCUUCAUCUUCAUUCUCUUCCUCCUGGUGUUUGCGAUUGCUGCUGCUGGUUAUGUCUGGGUAGAAGGUACCAAGGACCCCAGCAGGAACAGAUACAAGCUGUUCCUGGAGUGCACGCUCAUCCUCACCUCCGUGGUCCCCCCUGAGCUCCCCAUUGAACUCUCCCUCGCCGUCAACACCUCCCUCAUCGCCCUGGCCAAGCUCUAUGUGUUCUGCACAGAGCCCUUCCGGAUACCGUUUGCAGGGAAGGUGGAGGUGUGCUGCUUCGACAAGACAGGAACUCUGACCAGUGACAGCCUUGUGGUCCGCGGAGUUGCAGGGCUAAAGGAGGGGAGAGAGGUGAUGCCGGUGUCCGAGAUCCCUGUGGACACCCAUCGAGUGGUGGCCACGUGUCACUCCCUGGUUACCCUAGAUGACGGACAGCUGGUUGGUGACCCGCUGGAGAAAGCCAUGCUAACGGCCGCGGACUGGACCCUCACCAAAGAUGAGAAGGUGUUUGCUCGAGGUAUCAAGACUCCGGGGCUGAAGAUCCACCAGCGCUUCCACUUUGCCAGCGCUCUGAAGAGGAUGUCCGUGCUGGCCUCGUUUGAGAAGCUGGGCUCCACAGAGCUCAGCUACAUCUCCACUGUGAAGGGGGCGCCUGAGACACUGAAGGGAAUGUUCUCAAAGUUUCCGGCCAGCUAUGACGAGGUGCACAGGGAGAUGUCCCGGGAAGGGGCAAGAGUCCUGGCUUUGGGCUACAAAGAGCUGGGACACCUCAGCCACCAGCAGGUGCGUGAAAUGAGCCGCGACGCGCUGGAAUGUGACCUGCAGUUUGCCGGCUUCAUGGUGGUCUCCUGUCCCCUGAAGACCGACAGCAAGGCAGUCAUCAAAGAAAUCCAGGAGGCGUCCCAUCACGUGGUAAUGAUUACAGGGGACAACCCCCUGACUGCGUGCCACGUGGCCAAAGAGCUUCAUUUCAUCCAGAAGGAACACACUCUGAUACUGCAGACUGGACCCAACCAGGGAGAGUGGCAGUGGGAGUCUAUAGAUGGGAGCGUGUGCGUACCACUGCCCCCUCCCUCUGUGCCCUCGUUCACCAAUCAGUAUGACCUCUGUGUGACCGGGGAGGGCCUGGCCAGAUUGUCCAGUGACUUGCAGCUGCUCCACGCACUCUUGCCUCAUGUGCAGGUGUUUGCACGGGUCAGCCCCAAACAGAAGGAGUUUGUGAUCACUAGCCUGAAGGGUUUGGGCUACAUUACGUUGAUGUGUGGGGACGGGACCAAUGAUGUUGGAGCGCUCAAACACGCCCAUAUUGGUGUGGCUCUGUUGGCCAAUGCCCCGGAACGCAUGCCAGAGAGAAGGAAAAGAGGAAGAGACAAAGAGAUAGCUGUUCCUGAGUCCAGACCCCCUGUCCCAAAUUCAGGAAUUAAGAUGACCUCUCGGGCAGCCAGACAGAGGGUGAUGGCCCAGAGAGAAGAGCAGCUAGCUGCACAGAAGGAGAGAAUCAGUCAAGUCUUAAGAGAGCUGGAGGAGGACCAGAUACAAGUCGUGAAGCUGGGAGACGCCUCCAUUGCCGCCCCGUUCACCUCCAAACUGUCUUCUAUACAGUGCAUCUGUCAUGUGAUAAAGCAGGGACGCUGCACGCUGGUGACGACCCUGCAGAUGUUUAAGAUCCUGGCCCUGAAUGCCCUCGUCCUGGCCUACAGCCAGUCUGUGCUCUACCUAGAGGGGGUCAAGUUCAGCGACUUCCAGGCCACCUUGCAGGGCCUGCUGCUGGCUGGCUGCUUCCUUUUCAUCUCUCGGUCCAAGCCCCUGAAGACCCUGUCUAAAGAGCGACCCCUACCCAACAUCUUCAAUUUCUACACCGUGUUGACGGUGCUGCUCCAGUUUGCUGUUCAUUUCUGCAGUCUGGUGUAUCUGUACAAAGGGGCUCAGAGCCGAAGUCCUCCCAGGGAAGAAAGGUUUGCAGACCUGUAUAAAGAGUUUGAGCCCAGUCUUAUAAACAGCACGGUGUACAUUAUGUCUAUGGCCAUGCAGAUGGCUACCUUUGCCAUCAACUACAAGGGCCACCCUUUCAUGGAGUCUCUGAGUGAGAACCGGCCCCUGCUGUGGAGUAUCGCCCUCUCAGGGUUGGCCAUUGUGGGGCUACUGAUGGGAUCGUCACCUGAAUUCAACGAGCAGUUUGCACUUGUAGAUAUUCCGACCGAGUUCAAGCUGGUAAUUGCCCAGGUGCUCGUGGUGGACUUUGUCGCUGCUCUGCUGGUUGAUCGGAUCCUGCAGUUUCUUCUGGGGAAGGGAACCCUAAGGCUGCCUUCCUGAACUGUGGCCAUGCCAACAGCUGCCCCAAGCAUCCAAUUCCCUUGUCAACCAAACUGUAAAGGGAGAGAAGGAGACUUUUUGGGUGGAGAAAAUGGCGGUUGUGAUACGCACAACGACGGCUGAGGUGGACAGGCAUGGCGCACAGUACUGCACACUCCUGAAAGAAUAGCCCAUCUCUCUUUCUCCUUUGACCUUCUAUUCCCAACUCAUUCUACGUAUUUAAAUUCUCUUUCUUUGUGACACACAAUGCCCUUUUAUUACCCCUAUCUCCCUUUCCGCCUCCUUCUACAGAUGGCCAAGAAUUGCAGUAUUGUGUGGAGUGGGUAACUGUGUGUCAACCAGUGUGAGAUGCACAGACAUGAAAAACAGGGGCGUUCUCCGAGAGAAAUGCGAAGUGUUCGAUUUUUUUUUUCCCCCUCUUGAUUUUGUAAAAAGACAAAUCUCUUACAGACUUAUAAAAUACUUAAAGUUA